UCACGGCAUAUGCGGCCUUUUCAUUAAAAAACAAAAAUGAAAACAUCUAAUAAAUACUUUCUCCAUUUAAGUUUGUUUAUAUUACUUUUUGAAAACUUUUUGACAAUUUUUUAAUUUGAUUUUUUACAUAUCUUGCCAAUCUUUAAUCGGAGACAAUAAAAUUUAAAAAUUGUAAUUAUUUUUUAAACUUGAUGUGAAAUCAGAAAAAUAAAUUUAAAUGGAGAGAUUAUGAUUUUUAAUGGAGUAUGAUUUUUUUGGCUUUUUGGCUUGUAGUCUAUCAAUCUCUACUUCAUUUCAACCACAAUUCCACUGGUUCCAGAAAGAGCUACAGCCUAUAAGUAAUAGCAUUUCCACAUUAAAUGAGUAUUAAAAAAGGGUAUUUACCAACACCAUGGCUUUUCUUUGGCUAGCUCUUGCCGUAGUUGCCAUAGUUUUUCUUCUUCUUCAACAACUACAGAAGAAGUUCAGUAAGAAGAAGAAGAUACUUCCUCCAGGUCCAAGAGGGCUCCCACUUCUUGGGAAUCUUCACAUGUUUGGAGAUAAUCUUCACCAAGACCUUAACAAAAUAGCCAAGAAACAUGGCCCUAUAAUGUCCAUACAUUUUGGUCUUGUUCCUGUAAUAGUUGCUUCCACUCCUUAUGCUGCUGAACAAUUCUUGAAAACACAUGAUUUAACCUUUUCAAGUAGACCCUCUAAUCAAGUAUCAGAAAACAUUUUUUACAAGCGGAAAAAUCUUGUCUCGGCCCGUUACGGACCAUAUUGGAGGAACAUGCGCAAGUUGUGCACUUUGCAGCUGCUAAGCAGUGCCAAGAUCCUUGCUUUCCAGCCUAUGAGGAAACAAGAACUUGGGAUUCUUAUAAAUUUCGUAAAACAGGCAGCUAUGGAACACAAAGUAGUUGAUCUUACUGCAAAAGUUGGUUCUCUCAGUGCAAACAUGUCAUGUUUGAUGAUAUUUGGAAAGAAGUACAUGGACGAAGAUCUUGGCGAAAAGGGGUUCAAAGCUAUAAUUCAAGAUAUGCUGCAUAUAGCAGCAUUGCCAAAUUUUUCUGAUUUUUUCCCUUUUCUUCGCAUAUUUGAUCUCCAGGGAUAUAAUCGUCGUGUGAAAGAAUUAGCUAAACUGUUUGACGAGUUCUUGGAGAGAGUAAUCGACGAACAUGUUGGUGAAUCCAAUGAGCAGAAACAAGCAAAGGAUAUGGUGGAUACACUGAUGGAGAUUCUGCAGUCCGGUGCGGCUGAAUUCGAGUUCGAUCGUCGCCAUGUCAAAGCUAUUAUGCUGGACUUGCUGAUAGCAUCUAUGGACACUUCAUCAACAACAAUUGAUUGGAUCCUAACAGAACUUUUAAGGCACCCCAAUGUGAUGAAAAAAGUGCAGAAUGAGUUGGAACAAGUCAUUGGUAAAAACAGAAUGGUGGAAGAGUCAGACUUAGAAAGCCUAGAGUAUUUAGAUAUGGUCAUAAAAGAAAGUAACAGACUCCAUCCUGCUGCACCCUUAUUGCUUCCUCACGAGUCAAUUGAAGACUGCACGGUUGAUGGCUUUCACAUACCUAAGGGAUCCCGAGUAUUAAUCAAUAUUUGGGCAAUUGGCAGAGAUCCAGACACUUGGGUCGAGCCUGAAAAGUUCAAACCUGAGAGAUUUCAAGGAAGCAAUAUAGAUCUGCGCGGACGACAUUUUCAACUUCUACCAUUUGGUUCCGGUAGAAGAAGUUGUCCUGGUUUGCAGCUAGGGCUCACCGUUGUUCGCUUGAUGGUCGCUCAAUUGGUUCACUGCUUUAACUGGGAGUUGCCGAAUGGCAUGAUGCCGAAGGAUAUUGACAUCACUGAGAAAUUUGGUUUAGUAACGGCCAGAGCACAACAUCUAAUGGCGAUUCCUAAUUAUCGACUACACAUAUGAAAUAAGUGCAAAUGUCAAAAUAUGUCUAAGUUUCUUUUUCCCAUUGAAUAAGAUCACGAGUGCAAGAAAAGAGAGGAAAAAGGCGGCCAAUUUUUAUUAUUUCCAGUAGUGCUAGUAUGUAUUGAACAUGUUUAAAAGAGUUAUGUAAAAUUAUCAAAGUUUAAUUCAUCAAGAAUGCAUCAAUGUUAUUCUUA